AUGUUCCUUGUCAUUUCGGGGGCACCGUGAACGUCAAGAUGAUUUUAGUGGGAAUUUUUGUUGAGUUUUUUUCCAGUUAAAAGAUCAUUCUGCUGGAGGAAUGACUCAAGAAGUUUUAAAUAUACUAAAAAAUCUAGAUAUUCCCAUUGAAAAAUGUUAUGGGCAAGGCUACGAUGGAACCAGUGUAAUGAGUGGGGCUUAUAAUGGAGUUAACUUCGCCUCAAAGGUCCUUCAAAAGAAAAAUAUUGAUUUAAGUGAAUCUGUGACUGUUUUAGAACAAGUAGAAAAGAACCUUACUGAAUUAAGAUCUUCUUAUGAAUGAAAUUUUAAUGAUUGAAGCUACGGAACUGGCUAACAAAUGGAAUAUUCAACCGGAAUUCAGGCAAAGGCGUCAACCUAAAGUUAAAAAACACUUUGACGAACUCUUAAGUGAUUACAGAUUUAAUAAUACUAAAAUUUUAUUUAAAAUAAAUGUUUUUUAAUGUUGUUACGGACCGUGUUCUGACACAGAUUUCUCAUAGAUUUAGG